AUGAAGCGCCGCGAACAGCGCCGCCAGCGGGAGCGGGAGCAGCUCCCCGCUGCCCUAGUGAAGCUUGUCCAGCUGAUCCCCCCUGAUGAGGACGCACGGAGCUAUUUGACCACCCACUUCGCCACUCCUGCUGGCGUUGGUGCAGAGUCCGCAGGCUCGUCUGGUGCAAGUGGUGCCAAAGGCGGCGCAGAGGAUGGCGGCAACGAUGCGUGGAUCUCGGGAAGCGGUUUGGAGAAGCUGCUGUCGGUGCUCGGCGAGGAGGCGUGUCCAGAUGGCGCGGUGGAUAUGCUGCGCAUUGCACGCCGUGUCCCACGCAGCCAGUCGACGGUGGACAACAUCCACGUUGCAGAGCUCUGCUUCGCCAUUUCGCAGGCUUCUGGCCCGGUGAAUGUGCACGAACGCCGGCGUACAGCCGCGGCGACGUGUGGCCCGUUGGAUGAGAAAGCGCCGCUUCUGCAGUAUUACAAGGGGAAGCGAUUUAAUGCCAUUCUUCACGGCGAAGAUCCAUCCUCGCCUGUCGCUCGCAUCUCUGCUGCUGCUGCUUCUGCUUCGGCACUGCCUCCCAACACGCAAGAUGAAGGCGAGGUGGGACAUACUCGCUGUACUGGUACCAGCGCAGACGCCGCCGAGUGGUCCUCCUUUGUUCAGAGUGCAGCGACUCCGCUGCCCAUGACGCUCCGUGUGCACCACAGCGAGCGCGUCUUGGAGGCCAUCGCCCUGCGCAUCUUGAGUCGCCCCGAUGUGAGUGCGAUUGUUCGCCCGGUUCCAUGCUGUUCCCUGAGCGCCGGCCUGUAUUCGUGCCGCAACAGCGACUACCACAGCAACAAGCGCGUCGAGUACAUCUGCCGCACGUUGCACACCUCGAGCUCCGUCUCCUUCCAGGAGGUCGUGUCCGCCAUUCCCGUGCAGGUGCUCGACGUACAGCCGCACCACAGCGUCAUCGACCUGUGCGCCGCACCGGGGAGUAAGACGCUGCAGGCGCUGGAUGAGAUGCUGAAUGGUGGGUGGUCACCGGAGAUGUGCCGCGGGGUGCUCAUCGCGAACGAAAAGGACCGCGUGAAGGCGACGCAGACGCUGCCGGCGCGACUGAAGCGCUACCACGCCCCGAAUGUCAUGUCAACCCGCUGCGAUGCUGUGCAGUGGCCGCGUUUGUACCUGGACGACCCCGCAAGCCCCGCCGCAGAGCCAGUGGAGCGUCAGUUCGAUCGCAUCAUCUGCGAUGUCCCCUGCAGCGGCGACGGCACCAUCCGCAAGGAGCGCUCGGUCGCCACGACCUGGUCUGCCAGUUACGUGAAGGCGCUCGUGCCAACACAACGUGCGCUGCUCCGCCGCGGCCUCGAUCUGCUCGCCACUGGUGGCAUUUUGGUCUACAGCACGUGCAGCAUGAACCCGAAGGAAGACGAAGAGGUGGUGUGUGCGGGAUUGGAGCUCUUCGGCGACAGCGUCGAGCUCGUCGACGUGAAUGCGACGCUCGCGGCAAAAGGCUUCCAUUUCCACUCCAGUGGUGGCAUCCUCUCCCCCAACGUGGAGGGUUUGCAGCAACGUGUGGUUCCCGGCACGUACGAUGGCAACAAAGUGCUACGCGUCUUGCCCCACCGCGACGACACCGGUGGCUUCUUUGUGGCUGCAUUCCGCAAAGUGAAGCAACCUGACUGGACCGCACCGGCGGUGGUGCGCAACAAACUCAAUCAGUGGACGAAGGGGAAGCUGUGGGCACCUGUUGGCGCCGAGGACGAGAACUGGGUCUCGAUUGCGGCUUUUUACGGCUUCGACCGCCACGACGCUGCAGGCUUCACCUACUUUGAUUUCGCGGCCUCCGCCGUCACAUCACGCGGUGCGGACACGUCGAGCAGCAGCAGCAGCAGCGGUGGUGGUGGGCUUGUCCCUCUCUACCACCUCAAUCCCAACGGUGGGCCGACGCGCCGUAUUGUGCUCGUUACGCCGGCGUUGGCGGAUAUGGUGCUGCGCACUCGCCCCUACAAGGGCCCAGGCGUCGAGAUCAUCUCUGUCGGCGUGCGCGCCUUCGAGGCGUACGACGGCCGCUUUCUCUCCCACGCGAGCUGCCGCUGGCGUGCGGUGGUGGAGUCUGCCGCCUUCCUUUCGACGCGCUUCACAAAGCGCAAGUUGGUGUUUCGUGUAUCGGCGCACAAGCAGUUGGUAGAGGACUUGCUUCGCAACGGCCAUGUGUACAUGCGUGAGCACUGGCGUACCGUUCUGGGUGGGAAUGCCGCUGUUGUGGCUGCAAAUCACGGCCCCAAUGCGCUGGUGAAGGCGGGUGGCCGGCUGGAGGCGAUGCUGUCGCAGGACAGCGAUGGUGGUGCCUCGUUAGGCAGCUCUCCAGACGAUCUUGCGGACCUGCUGACGUCCGAGGUGGAAGUUGGCGGUGUCUUGGUGGGGAUCGUUUCUGAUGAGGCGGAAGAGAGCGCGCCGUGGUACUUGAGUGCGACGCUGAGUGGGCACAAGCUGGAACUUGCAAUUGACGGCUCGCUGCGCGCCUUUGGUCUCAUGACCUACUUCGACAUCUACGACGUUGAGAGGGCCACGCUGGGGGAGAAGGCCGCGGCUGCAGCGGCGAACACGGCGGACAUCGUAGAUGUCGAAGACGAAGUGGAGGAGUAG